AUGGUGGGAAGCACGGCAGCAUGCCUGGCGCUGGAGGAGGAGCUGAGAGCUUUACUGCCUGACCCACAGACAGCACCCAGGGAGACACUGGGCUUGUCCCCUCCGUCCGCGCCGGGCAACUGCAGCCUGAGCCGCACCCGCCGCAGAUGGAGCCCAUGCGCGGGCCCAGCCGGCGACGGUCUGCGCCCCCACCUGGCCCCGGCCCCGGCCCCAGCCCCGGGGGCAGUUGCUCCAACAAGCGGAGGGGCAGGAGCUCCUGGAGUGACAAUCCCUAUAGAAGCGAUGACAGAAUACAAGCUUGUGGUGGUGGGUGCUGGAGGCGAGGGAAAGAGUGUCCUGACCAUCCAGCUGAUCCAGAACCAUUUUGUGGACGAGUAUGACCCCAUCAUAGAGGACUAUCAGAAACAGGUGGUCAUUGAUGGGGAGACAUGUCUGCUGGACAUCUUAGACACAGCAGGUCAAGAGGAGUAUAGUGCCAUGCGGGACCAGUACAUGCGCACAGGGGAGGGUUUCCUCUGUGUGUUUGCCAUCAACAGCAUCAAGUCCUUUGAAGACAUCCAUCAGUACAGGGAGCAGAUCAAGCGGGUGAAGGACUCGGAUGAUGUGCCAAUGGUGCUGGUGGGGAACAAGUGUGACCUGGCCGCUCGUACUGUUGAGUCUCGGCAGGCCCAGGACCUUGCCCGCAGCUAUGGCAUCCCCUACAUUGAAACAUCAGCCAAGACCCGGCAGGGUGUGGAGGAUGCCUUCUACACACUAGUCCGUGAGAUUCCACAGCACAAACUGCAGAAGCUGAACCCUCCCGAUGAGAGCGGCCCCAGCUGCAUGAGCUGCAAGUGUGUGCUGUCCUGACGCCAGGUGACGCAGGGACCAGCAGACAUCUGGGGCAGUGGCCCCAGCUAGCCAGAUGAACUUCAUAUCCACUCUGAUGUCCCUGCUCCCACCCGCCCCCAUUCUGCCAAUCCCCCUGCCUACGGUCAGUGGUGUCCUUUGUGCCCGUCCCAGCAUAGGCU